AUGCAAAAUAUUGCUACAGAAGCAUUUAAUCAUGAUUCUUCCUCUAAUCCACUUAACCUGCCAGAAAUUAUCAGCCUCAUCGGAAAUCAUCUGGACCGGAACAGCCUGACCAAUGCGUUACGUGUGAAUAAAACCUGGAAUGUUGUCCUUCAGCACCGUUUCUGGUAUUUUGUCCAGCUUCCCUCAGGGUGGGCUAUGGAGAGGCUGCGAACUCAGCCUCUCUCCAGGACGUAUCUACAAAACAACUGUCAUUUUAUCCGAAUCCUUUUAUGCCCAGACGACACUCUCAUAGAUGCUCUUUUGCCCAAUUGCUGUUAUCUUUACGAGCUUGAAUUAUCCCUUAUCAGUCUCAAGAGCACUGCGCUCGUCCUGCAAAAUGCGCAAUCGCUUCGGUCGUUAAGCAGACGCCCUAAUGUGCAUCAACCAGAAACGAGUGCUUAUCGUCUGAAUAAACUGACAGCGGCUAUGGCAACAUUGAAUCAACUCCGAGAGCUACGAUUAGGUCUGUUCGAGGUCAAUUUAAAUGAGGUCGAAUAUUUUACAACGAUUUGCCAGCGACUUCAUCUCCUGCACCUAUCAGCCUCAAUAUGGGAUCUACCAAGUUCAAACCCAGUAGUAUUUUCAGGAAUACAAGAGCUGAUCUUUAUCAAGAACAAAAUGUUGCCUCUUGAAGAAAUCGAGUUUGUGUCUCGGUGUCCCAACCUGCAGCGUUUUCAUUGGCAGCCAACUAGUUCAUUGAGUGAGGACCAACAGCCACACCUCCAAGAGCUAUUUGACCCUCGACUUGAAUAUCUUCACACUCUCAUACUUUUUCUAGCAGCAUUGGUGGAUCUGGACAUUGAAGCCUUAAUCAAAUCACUCCCGGCAUUAGUUAGUCUGGAUGCAAGGAACAGCAACUUUGCAGAUCAGUCUGUGCAAGCGAUUAUUCAAUUCAGAAGUGGAAUACGCGAACUAGAUAUUCGAGGCUGCCGAAGAAUUAACUCAACCAUGGUUCAAUUGCUGUUGUCGAAUUGCAAGGAUCUAGAGACAUUUGAAGGAGAUGUGUUUGAUAUACAGGAUAUCGUGGAGGGGCAACCAUGGGUGUGCACCCGGAUUAAGAAGCUAAGCAUCAGUAUCAUGAACACUGGCCCUGUCGAAGCUAGGAUCCAGGACCAUGAACGGAUGUACAGUCAGUUGGCUUCAUUGACGGAUCUGAGUGUCUUGGAACUGGGGAAUGUGGAGUAUGUACCUGCAACUACUUAUGACUGGAUGGAUUUGUCUUUGUCCCAUGGAUUAAGACGCCUUGAAACGUUGCAAAAGCUGAAGAAAUUUACAAUAGGGAGGGUGUAUGGCAAUGUUAUUGGUGAAGCCGAGCGAGAAUGGUUUCGUGAGCAUUGGCCAAAUUUCGCUCAGAAAACCUAA